AAAGUGCUUCCGCAUCGCCAUCGGAUCGCGGCAGAAAAAUGGCGCCUUCCCGCUGCGUUCUCUUGGCAGUCCCAGCUUCCUCUCCAGACCUGCAUCCAAGCACUGCCCUACGCUCAGCUCCAUGGACUUGCCAACCGAUGCCACGCCGCUGUUGUCCGGAUCAGUGCAGCAUGGGGCUCAUCCACCCCAACCCGUCGAUGGCCGGCCCAAGUCAUUCCGAGCUCGGCUGAAGCGCUUCCUGCGUGAUCCCAACGUCCUGAACGCCGCCGUGUCGAUCCUAAUCGGAUUCAUCAUCGCCCACAUUCCGCCGCCGGAGGGGCUGACAAGGACUGCGAUGCAGCUUCUCGGCGUAUUCGUCAGUGUCAUUUUGACCCUGCUGUGCACCGAGAUCACCAUCUCCAUCGUGGUCCUCAAUGGGCUGCUGGUGCUGAUCCUUGCAGACAGCUUCAUGUGCACAACCGAGGACGGCAAGGUUAUCGAGUGCCGGCUCUGCGACACCGAGGAUCGCAUCGGCGGCGGCACGCACAUCAGCUACAAGUGCGAUGGCCGCCAAGGCUCACUCAAGGUGGCACUCUCAGGCUUCUCGAUGCCGCUGUCAUUCCUGGUCCUUGCCGCCUUCCACAUCGGCCACGCCGUCGACGCCACUGGUCUGGGCCGAAGGGUCUCACUGCUGCUCGUCAAGUACAUGGGCGGGUCGCUUCUUGGUCUUGGAUAUGCGCUGACGGCCUCGGAGCUCCUUCUGGGUCCGUUCAUCCCCAGCAACACUGCCCGCGGGGGCGGCAUUCUCAUGCCCAUCACCAUGUCGCUCGCCCAGGUACUUGGCUCGACGCCGAGCGAGAACCCCGAAACAGGGUCGUUUCUGGUCCUCUGCGGCAACCACGCCAACUUCAUAGCCUCGUCAAUGUUCGUCACCGGCACAGUUGGAAAUCCUCUAAUCGUCGGACAAGCCGCAGCGGUAUUCAAUCUCGAGUUCGGCUUUGUCCGGUGGUUCGUCGGCGCAGUCGUCCCAGGGCUCGUCGUGGCAGCCCUCAUUCCACUGAUUCUGUCCAAGUUCGUGCGGACAAGCUACAACGCCUGCGCUGUUCGUUCCCUGGCCAAGCAGGAGCUGAGCCGCAUGGGGCCUCUGUCAUCGAAAGAAAUCCAAGUUCUGAGUGUCCUGAUCCUGUGUCUUGCCUUGUGGGUCUCUGGCUCGUCUCUGGACAUGCCAGAAGCUUAUGUGGCGCUGCUGGGCAUUUCGCUUCUCCUGAUGAUGGGUACAAUCAGCUGGAAUGAAGUGAUCGAGAAUUCAAAGGCGUGGGAUUCGUACUUUUGGCUUUCGGGAAUGGUUCUCAUCGCCGAUCAGAUCUCCAAGCUCGGACUGGCCCGCUGGUUCGGCAAUUUCUGCGUCGGCUUCCUGGAGAGCGCGCAUCUUUCGCCGUUGACCUCGACCAUUUCCAUCUCGACGAUUUACUUCCUUUCGAUGCUGAUGUUUUCGAGCUUAACUGGACACAUCGUCGCCCUGGUGUCGCCCCUGAUGGAGGCGGGGAAGCAGCUGGGCUGCCAUUCGCGCAUACUCACAGCCUGUCUGGCCUACUUUUCCAGUCUUGCCGGGAGUCUGACAAACUACUCCUCCGGAUCGUCUGCCAUAUACUUUGGCCAGGGCUUUGUCGACCGCAAGACCUGGUUCCUGGUUGGCGGGGGCGUGGGCCUCGUUCACCUCGGAGUCUACUUCACCGUCGGCAUGUUCUGGUGGACGAUUCUCGGUUGGGGAGCAAGUGCAUGAACAGAGCCUUGCACAGAGCGAGCCACUAGGACAGAGUAAAUCUGCUGGCGACCCGAUGCAACGGUUGAGCUUGAAACGGCGCAGAUGCCAGCCCUGAAUACAAACACCCCUGUAGGAAUAUCUUGCGCCG